UUAAAAGUAAUUUCCCUGACUUGGGAAGACAUUGUAAAAGUAGGUUGAAGAGCAGUGGUAAAGAGGACCGAAUGUCCUUGUAAAUAAUUGCACGGAGUGAAUUAAGUAUUUAACUAGAAUUAAACGAAAGACCAUCUCCAUUAAAUUGACGAUGUCUCCGAGGAAGUCCAGAAUACGAAGCAAGUCUUGUGAUGCUAAUAACGGAUAGCAACCAAACAGAUAUUAGAAGUAAACCUAGAGCCUUUGACAUCGUUUGACGUGAACCCUGUUAUUAUAAUGUGUUUUCUCAAUAUAUAAAAAACCGGAGAAAUUAAAUUGAUUUUUUGGUAAUUAUAGCAUUUAAAAAAAUCGAAACGGUUGACGUGUGGAUCAAUAGGUCAAUGCAAACAAUUAGUAGGAUUUCUAGUUAGUACUGGUUGACAGAUAUCUGAACAAGGACUGUUUCACAAGUCCAGCUUUUAAAAAAAAACGUAUUCAUCCCACCCGUUGGCGUAGGAACAGGGUUACGGUAAGGGACUUAGCUGAAAUACACAUUGAAGAAAUUAUGAAUGGAUAUUCUUAAGGAAUAAAGGUGCAGUACAUAGUUUACUUCUACGAUACUCUUUAUCGGUGGAGUUUGAAUACUUUCUGUGAAGAGAAGAUCGACAUCCUCAGUUCAAUUUUGGAAUAAAUAUAGAUUUCAUAUUUUACAAAAGAAGCGUAAAGGAAGAGCAACUAUUGUUGACAUUUCAAAACUGUUGUGCCAAAAUUUAACCUUACAGUACAGUUAAUGUGACUUGUGAAGAUGGUGUGGAUGCUGCUCGUGUGUUAUAUAUUCUGCUUAUCUUGUGUUAAUUCCGACUUCCACGCACCUUGUUAUGGAUGUCGUUUGUUUAAUAUACAUCACAGAGAACACCCUGAAGAGAAGGGAAAGGAAUCAGCAUUAUGUCAUUAUCCAUGUCAAUGUGCUGUCCAAGAAUUAAGAUGUAACGAAGGGGUCAGCCAUAUUAAAGAUGGCUGUAAUUGUUGUUUUAUGUGUGCCAGACAGAGAGGAGAUUUGUGCAGUACAAAAGAUAAAUGUGACACAAGCGCUGGUUUAUUCUGUGAUAUGACUAACAAUAAAACUGGCAUAUGUCAAGCCAAAAUAAAGAAACCGUGUAUCGUGAAUGGCAUAAAAUAUGAGGACGGCCAGGAAUUUCAACCAGAGUGUAGGCGUACCUGCACGUGUCAGAAUGGUUUCUACGGUUGUGUUAAUAGAUGUCCCCAGGAAGAAAAUAAACCUAAAGAUAUGUAUUGUGUAAAUCCUGUCUUACUGUCAGUGGCCGGUAAAUGCUGUAAAGAAUGGACUUGUGAUAACAGAUACGAGAGACAGGGUUGGGCGAGAGAUUCACCUAUGGUACCUGAAAGUCAGAAUUUAGUUCUUCAACAACCAUUAAAGGAUUCAACGACAAAGUCUCCUAAACUGGAGUAUCUGAAAACAAAAUGUAUGAUAGCACCGUCUAAUUGGAGUGCUUGUUCGGCAUCGUGUGGAGUGGGUACCUCAGUACGUAUUGUUGCUGAUGCUUAUUGUAGUCCUAAACAAGAACGACGAGUCUGCUAUAUUCGACCUUGUAUAAAAGAACUACGAACAUAUGGACGAUCAAAAUGUACACCGACAACUAGAGGGGGUAUAAGACAGAGAAUUCAGUAUCAAGACUGUCGUAGUGUCAAGACUUAUAAUCUUAAAUUCUGCACGAACUGUAAACUAAACAGGUGUUGCUAUCCACACAAAUCACGCACAAGAUUGAUUGAAUUCGAGUGUCAUGGCGGAAGGAGAGAAUACAUGAACUAUAUGUGGAUUAAAAAAUGUCGCUGUGAUCACAAAUGCUAUGAACCAGAACCCAGAAAAAGGCAUACGUGGCUCUAAUUCAUAUAAGUACCGUUUCAUUAUAGGCUCUGUCGCCAAAGAACAUUAGGCCUAUUCAUAAUAUACAUGUAAUCGUAUUUAGUGGUUAUUCUAUUAUGGUUUUUAGAUUCGCCAUUUAUCAAUAUCAAGACUCUGCGCUUUUACUUAUAAUAUGUCAAUGUCAUUGUGUAUUUCGGACUCGUCAAUACCAUUGUUUUUGCUAGUCGAUUCAAUGAGUUUUGGUGCCAUGCAGAAUAGAGGCGCCCUGGACUACAUAAUAGAAGACCACUAGAAAGGAUGGUCGAAUUUUAAACUAAACGGAAUUUGAUGAAUUUUAAGUUUGUACAUUAGCCUAAUAAUAUUGUGAACCUCGUCACCAAUGACGUAGGAUCAGCUAGUUAUAUAUAGUCAGUCACAUGUAUAUUUUAUUAUUCAUAAUUGUAUAUUAUACAGAGAAGUUCAUGAUGUAGUGAUUAUGAACAGGUCUAACAUAGGCUACAGUGACUCAUUGGCACAUUGGAAUUUUUUAAAUUUAAUUAUCACAGCAGUUUAAUUAGUACACUGUUUAAAUAUCUAAGAUACCCCAAAAUCUAAAACAUUUCGUAAUCAUUAAGCUUAGGUUAGAUUUAUUUUUCUUUGGCAUUUUUCAGACUUAGUAUUUAGCCCAGGGUUCGGCAAUUGCCGAAUUAUUGAAAAUCCAAGAACUUACUUUUUGUAUCACUCGUAUAUUGAACUUUAUACGAUUUAAAUACCUCAGUGUCCAUCUUCUUUAGCAGUCACAGCAGAACAGUGGGACGUUAAACCCCAUUUCAUAAAUAGCAGCGUUGGGUCACCAGAUUUAUAUUGAAAAUUUCCCACGUUAAAUCACGUAAAUCUAAAACAAUUUUUUUUAUCGACUGACGCUAGUACCUCUUUUAAGUUUUGAAUUUCCAAUAUAGCUAUAUUUAGUGAUGCCAUUUUUCACUAAAUGUCAUGUCAAUUGUACUAUAAUAUAAGUAUGACUUAAUAUUAGACACGCAUAAUUUAUUAUUGUACACUUAAAUUAUAUUAUUAUUGUAGUUAUACUAGUUAUAGUCACAUUUCACCUUCUAAAAAUGUCACUCGAAACUUUCAUAAUAUGUAAUCAUGUUCAUCAGAAUUAAAUGUGGACCGUGAGCUCUUUGAAGGAGUCAAAUGGUCUAACGAGUGAGCCAUACAUCAGAAGGUAUGCCAAUAAUUCCGGUCUGUGGCCGGUUGUUCAAAACUACCUUUAAAGUCUGUUGCUGGAAGCCCUGUUAACUUUAACAUGUCGUUCUUACCGUACGUUAUAUUUAACGAAGGUGUUAGGCUCCCUUAUCUGUUUAACGUUGACAUUAGUCGACUGUCAGUCGAAGUACACAUAUCUUUUUAAAUCAAGUAUUGUGAACAGACUGCACUGUUAUCUCCUUUCUUCAGUUUCUUGUUAAUACCAAAUUCUAUGAAGUUGUUAUACAUGAACUCUGAAUUUGAAAUUUAGAAAUUCAUCCAAUGACCACAUAGACUUCUCUUGGAUUAACUUUAAUCAGUCAGCUAUCGGAUAAUGAAAUUGACUUUCCAGCAAUAGAAAUUUAACGUGCCGUUAACAAAUGACACUUUAGCAAGAUAACGAUCAGUUAGAGUUUAAUGGAUCGUUAAAAUAACCGAGUUUUGAGCAACAGGCCCCAGUUCACCAAGUUUAAUUUCGUUUGCCGUGAAUGCUUAAAGGACAAUAUUGGUGUCAGGCAUUAUUACAUAUGUGAUAGAACUGGUUAAAUACAUUCCAAAUAUAAUUUUAACACAGACG